AAGAGCUGCUAUUGUCAACGAUUCCCAACAAUCUGUGCGGCGGUAGGGCUGAUAGUAGUCUCCCGGCGGUGCACUGCGCCAGUCGAUUGCUGGACUUGAGUGUGUCCGUCCGACUGUCUCCCACCAUGACUGCUAGGACAUCGCAAAGGUCCUUGUCCUGGCCCUGGCUCUGGCUCGGCCAGGCAGCCUUUCUGGGGCUCCUUUCUGUGAGCGUGUCAGCGACCGAACAGAGCUACUACAGCAACAGCAUGCUCGAUAUGAUGGAGUUCGUGCGACGGGGACAGGCGCAGCUGGAUCUGGAGGCCCUCGACAACGACCAGAAGCUGCUCACCAAGUACGACUUCAUUGUGGUGGGCGCCGGCACUGCGGGCUGUGCCCUGGCCGCCCGCCUCUCGGAGAACCCCAAGUGGAAGGUGCUGCUGCUGGAGGCCGGCGGACCCGAGAGCUACGCCAUGGACAUGCCCAUUGUGGCGCACUAUCUUCAGCUGGGCGAAAUGAACUGGAAGUACCGCACGGAGCCGUCCGCCAGCUACUGCCUCGCGAUGAACAACAACCGCUGCAACUGGCCGCGCGGCAAGGUGAUGGGCGGCAGCUCCGUGCUCAACUACAUGAUGUACACCCGGGGCAGCAGACGCGACUACGAUCGCUGGGCGGAGCUGGGCAAUCCCGGCUGGAGCUACAGGGAUGUCCUGCCGUACUUCCGCAAGUACGAGGCCUCGAACAUUCCGGACGCAGACCCAGGACCCACUAGACCCGGCCGCCAGGGACCCGUCAAGAUCAGCUACACGGAGCCGCGCACUCGCAUCGCCGAUGCCUUUGUUCGGGCCUCCCAGGAGGCGGGAAUGCCGCGGGGCGACUACAACGGAGAGACCCAGCUGCGGGUGUCCUAUCUGCAGGCCAAUGUCUACAACGAGACCCGCUGGAGCUCCAACCGGGCCUACCUCUAUCCCCUGAAGGGGAAGCGCACCAACCUCCACGUGAAGAAGAACGCCCUCGUGACCAAGGUGCUCAUCGAUCCCCAGACGAAGACGGCCUACGGCAUCAUGGUGCAGACGGAGGGACGCGUGCAGAAGGUGCUCGCCCGCCGGGAGGUGGUCGUGUCGGCGGGGGCCAUCAACACGCCGCAGCUGCUGAUGCUGUCCGGAUUGGGGCCGGCCAAGCACCUCCGGGAGGUGGGCAUCAAGCCGAUAGCCGACCUGGCGGUGGGCUUCAACCUGCAGGAUCAUAUAGCGCCGGCAGUGAGCAUGCUGUGCAACGCCACCUCGCUGCAGAUCCGAGAGAUGUUCAGUGUGAAGGCACUGGGGGACUACUUUCGCGGACGAGGCCCGCUGCGGACGCCCGGCGGUGUGGAGGCCAUUUCCUUUUAUGCACUGGACGACCCGAAGAACCCCCAGGGCUGGGCGGACGUGGAGCUCUUUGUGGUGGGCGGGGGCCUGCAGACAAACGUGGCCCUGCGGCUGGCCCUCGGCCUCAGGCCGGAGAUCUAUGAGGACAUGUUCGGCGAUCUGGAGCGCAGCAACGCCAACGGAUUCCUCAUCUUCCCCAUGGUCCUGCGCGCCAAGAGCCGCGGGCGCAUAAAGCUGCGCAGCCGCAGACCCCAGGAGCAUCCCCUGAUCUACGCCAACUACUUCUCGCAUCCGUACGACCUCAACAUCACGGUCCGUGGCAUCGAGCAGGCUGUUCGGCUGCUGGAGGAGCCUGCCUUCCGGGCCAUCGGCGCCCGGCUGCUGGAGAAGCGUCUGCCGGGCUGCAGCCAUCUCCGCUGGCGGAGCAGCGACUACUGGGCCUGCCACGCCCGCCACUUCACCUUCACCAUCUACCACUACUCGGGCACCGCCAAGAUGGGUCCCAGCAGCGAUCCGGCGGCCGUCGUCGAUGCCCGCCUCCGGGUCCAUGGCAUCCGCAAUCUGCGCGUUGCCGAUGCCAGCAUCAUGCCCCACCUCAUAUCGGGCCAUCCCAAUGGCCCCGUCUAUCUGAUAGCCGAAAAAGCCGCCGAUAUGAUCAAGCAGGAUCACAACUAUGUUCUCUAGUUGUAGAUCCUAGAAAGGUGGAAGCAUUUUCGGGGAGCAGAAUUUGUCUUAUAGGUGGAAUAAUUACAAAUAGCUUAAGGGUAGGGGAUCGAGGGAUCUUCGACAGAUCUGGGACAGACAGGGAGACACUGAUCUCAGGGGCUCUUGAAUUAAUCAUUCGACGAAUGAAUGUACGAGGGGGUAGUGAAUGGAAUAAAUAGAACAUCAGCGAGCAUCAAUGUGUCGCGUCAUGCACAGGACAUGUACAAAUG